CACACACACGCACGCGCGCUCUCUCGCGCGCUCUCUCUCGCUGUUUGUGUGUCUCGCGCCUUCAGGAUGCGAAGGAGAACUUUCCAAGGUUCCGGUCACGAGCGCGAGAGAAACGCAUGACUGUGACACCUACUCUUGACUCACAGAAGGGAGUAUGUGCCCGUUUCACCAUGCUCCUACCAUCCUAUUGGGUGCUCCGGCACUCCAUGGUCAUGUGCUUGCUGCUACACAGCUUGGUGUUGAUGACGCUCUGCUUCCACCACGCAGCCACCUCCUGCUCAAAACGUUGCUACUGCUCCGAAAGUGAUGGUCCAUCUGGGGGCAAGACCAUGCGGUGCAGCAACCUGCAACUCACUGAGAUCCCACGGGACAUCCCAAAUGACACACGGCGCCUUUACCUCGACUACAACCUGCUCACCAGUGUCCCUGCCAAUGCCUUUCAAGACCUUCCUCUGCUGGCUGAACUCGAUCUUUCACACAAUGAGCUGGCGCUGCUUGAGCCUGGAGCAUUCCGGGGCCUGGCUUCCUCAUUGCUAUUCCUAGAUCUGUCCUCCAAUCAGCUGGCAACGUUGGACCCCGAAGCUUUUGAAGGCGUAAGGGCUCGAUCGAAUCUAACUGGCAACCCCUGGCACUGUGACUGCCGGUUACAGACAGCACUUCCACGCCUUGAUCUGGAGCCUGUGUCUCUCACUGGCAUUGUUUGCCAAACAUCCAUGCCCAAGGACUCGGGUGCCCAAGGUGUGCCCUUUCUGCUGGCCAAAGACUUGGACCUAUGCGUGGUGCUUAAAAGGACCACAGACGUGGCCAUGCUAGUGACCAUGUUUGGAUGGUUCACCAUGGUCAUCUCCUACCUGGUCUACUAUGUGCGGCAUAAUCAAGAAGAUGCCAGGCGCCACCUGGAGUAUCUCAAGUCUCUGCCCAGCAGGCAGGGCAAGUCUGAGGAGUCUUCCACCAUUAGCACUGUGGUUUGACAGGAGACCAUCGCUAAAGGGGGAAGCUUCUCAGGCAAGCAAAGGGCAAUGGGCACACUCAUUGAGUCUAGCCUGGUAGAGGAACCAAUAACUGGAUUACCAACUCUGGAAAUAAGAAGCUUGGUGGUCUGCAGCUCUCUGGAUCAUCAGAAAGUGAAAGCUUUUAAAAGCAAACUUGGUGACUUGACAGCUGGAAAAAUCCUGCCGCAAGUCUUCCAUUUCAGGCUUGAAGGUAAAGAAAAACCCUCCUUGCCAGCAUAGCAAGAGAAUUGCUGGGGUCAUCUAAUAUUAUCCAGAUAAAUAAUUGAUCCAGGACCAGCCCGGCUCCAAGUCUGUUCUGGCUGAGUGGUUUGUCUGCUCGGAAUGCUUUUGAAGGAGGAUGAGGUGUUACUUUUCUCUGCAUUCCUCCAGUUAUUUCUGAAAGUAUCCCCAUUUAUUUGCAGGAGCAUGUAGCGUAAAGACAGCACUCUUUUCCAUUAUGGUAUUAACAUGAAAAGGUCUGAUGUUUAUCCCUGAAGACUACGUUCAGUUUUAUAACAGAGCCAUGCAUAAGCAGACAAAUCAGUCGAUUUUUAGAUUCUAAAUAAAUGGUUAGUUAAAGUCAGUGUUUUGCUCUGAUGUGUAUAUUUUGAUAAUUUUGUAUCAGAACUAAUCAUAUUAAAACAAAAGUGAAGGACACCAGCUGAUCCAGUAUUUUCCGUCUCGUUCAGGGGAAUAUUUUUUACAAAUGCUGUAUUUCGGGGGCGUCAUGGCUCAGGUGGAUAAGGCGCCAUACCAUAAAUCCAGGGACCCGGGUUUGAUUCCGGCCCGAGGUCAUUUCCCGAUCCCUCCCCAUGUCUCUCUCUCCCGCUCAUUUCCUGUCUCUGCACUGUCCUAUCCAAUAAAGGUGACAA